AUGGCACAAAAAGGCAUUUUGAAACUCAAGGUCCAGGAUCAAGUUCAGAGAUCGAACAGUAUUAGCUUCAGAGCGCCGCAGGAGCAGUUUACCGUCAAUGAUUUUGAGUUGGGGAGGAUUUAUGGCGUCGGUUCUUACUCCAAGGUGGUAAGAGCAAAGAAGAAAGAUACAGGAAAUGUCUAUGCUUUAAAAAUUAUGGAUAAGAAGUUCAUUACUAAAGAAAAUAAAAUUGCUUACGUAAAACUCGAGCGGAUUGUGCUUGAUCAGUUGGAUCAUCCUGGAAUAAUCAGGCUAUAUUUCACAUUCCAGGAUACCUACUCCCUUUACAUGGCACUUGAGUCCUGUGAAGGCGGAGAGCUUUUUGAUCAAAUAGCUAAGAAAGGCCGUUUAUCUGAGGAAGAGGCUCGCUUUUAUGUUGCAGAAGUUAUUGAUGCUUUGGAGUACAUGCACGGAUUAGGAUUAAUUCAUAGAGAUAUCAAGCCAGAGAAUUUGCUACUCACUUCUGAUGGCCAUGUUAAAAUUGCUGAUUUUGGUAGUGUAAAGCCAACGAAGGAGUGCCAAAUCACAGUUCUCCCAAAUUCUACAGAGGAAAGAGCAUGCACUUUUGUGGGAACAGCGGCCUAUGUCCCUCCUGAAGUUCUCAAUUCUGCACCGGCAACUUUUGGAAAUGACCUAUGGGCUCUUGGGUGCACCUUAUAUCAGAUGCUUUCAGGAUCGUCUCCAUUUAAAGAUGCCAGUGAAUGGCUUAUAUUUCAGAGAAUCGUGGUCAGGGAUCUUAAGUUCCCGGAUUAUUUUUCAGAUGAAGCGCAAAACCUCAUUGAUAAGUUACUUGACAUGGAGCCUACUAAAAGACUGGGUGCUGGACCUGGAGGUUAUGCUGCCCUCAAGAAACACCCUUUCUUUAAGGGCAUCAACUGGAAAAAUUUACACCAGUCAGCAGCCCCAGCAUUUGCUCGAGUGUCUAAUGAGAGUGAAGAUGGCUAUGUUCAGGAUUCUACUUGGAAUCUGUCACAUAUAGGAGGUGGCCCAUUUCAGCAGCAGACCGUUCAGGAUCGGAAUCUUGGUGCUCCAUCAUCUUCUGAAUCACCAUCUCAUAUUUCUGGACUUGCUAAGAUAGACUCUUUUGACUCGAGAUGGAAUGAAUUUCUUGAAUCUGGGGAGUCCAUUGUUAUGAUAUCAAAGCUGAAAAAAUUACAGACAUUAAAUAAUAAAAAGGUACAGCUCAUCCUCACUGACAAACCCAAGUUGAUUUGUGUUGAUCCUUCAAAAAUGAUGAACAAAAAUAGCAUCAUUUGGUCCGAUCCCCCCAGCAACCUCAGCAUUCAAGUUAUAGACCCCUCACAUUUUAAAAUUUCUACGCCAAAGAAAGUGUUGUCGUUUGAAGAUCCAAAAGAGCGAGCAAUGCAAUGGAAGAAGGCUAUUGAGAGCCUUCAACAAGGCUGAUGAGCUCAAUAUUAGUUUCCUUAGUUUGAAGUUCUACAGAUUUGACAUUGAUUACAGCUGACAUAAUUUACCUUUUCCCCCACUGUUGAGUUUUCAGAGAUUUUGAGUGAUUGAUAUAGUUUGUAGCCUAUAUGAUCCUGAUAUGAUCCUGAUAUGAUCCUGUAAGAUUGACCGUUGCUUGCUAGAAUGUCAAAUGAAGAGAGAUGACAAGCAGCUAAUUUUUAUGAUUAUUAGAAAAGCUUUUGCUCUUCCUAAAAAGUUUUGAUGGCUGAUGUAAGAGAAAUGACUCUUUAUUAUUUCAUAUUAUUUGUUAUGGUGACACA